AUGUCAAUUCAGCAGUGGAUCACUCCCCUCGAGGGCUUGGACAGCCUUCGUCAGACCGAGGUGCCCAUGGCGUCGCCCGGCGCUGGCGAGGUUCUUGUGAAGAUACAUGCGGUCUCAUUGAACUAUCGUGAUGUGGAAGUCACCAAGGGAGAAUACAAGCACCACAAGACCGCCGAGCAAAAUGUGACGAUCGUCCCAUGCUCGGACAUGUGCGGUGUCGUCGUCUCAGUCGGAUCUGGUGUCACCCGCUGGGUCAAGGGAGAUCGCGUUCUGUCCACCUUCCUCCCCGAGCACCAGACCGGCCAAGUCACCGAGAAGGAGAUGGCAGGAAGUAUGGGUCUCCCCAGGAACGGAGUGCUGGCCACUCACCGCGUCUUCCCCGAUUACAGCCUCGUGAAGGCCCCGAGCUACAUGUCUGACGAGGAGGCGGCUACUCUGCCCAUUGCGGCUGUGACGGCGUGGAUGUCUAUCAAUGGAAUGCGACCAAUGAACCAGAGCGGUGGUGAGGGUGAAUACGUGCUCCUUCAGGGCACUGGAGGGGUUGCAAUUUCCGGAUUACAGAUUGCCAAGGCGUCUGGUGCCAAGGCGAUUAUUACCUCCUCCUCGGAUGACAAGUUGGAGCAAGCAAAGAAGCUCGGCGCCGACUUCACCAUCAACUACCGUACCACCCCCAACUGGGAAGAAAAAGUGAUGGAAUACACCCAGAACCACGGCGCGGAUAUCAUUCUCGAGACCGGUGGUGCACAGACUUUGCGCAAGAGUUUCGACUGCAUUGCGUUCGGUGGUCUGAUCGACUGUAUCGGCUACGUGUCUGGCAAGACGGAUCCCGCGGAUGACCGCAUGAAUGUCAACCUUCUGGCGUUGCGCCGAAACGUCACUCUCAAGGGCAUCAUCAACGGGCCCAAGGAUCGGUUCGAAGAGAUGAUCCGGUUCUACGAGAAGCAUCAGGUGCAGCCUGUGGUCAAUCGGGUCUUUUCCUUUGCCGAGGCCAAGGAGGCAUUCAAGUUCUUGGAGAGCGGCAGUCACUUCGGAAAGGUUGUGAUCAAGAUCCAGGCGUAG